CCCGGGCUCAGCUGCGUCUACACAGCCGUGUAUUAAUAAUAAUAAUAAUAAUAUAUAUAUAUUAUUUAUUUGUGGGAAGAAAUAAACAUGUCGUCGGGGAGGAACACGGAGUUAAGUGAAAACACACUCUUUGGGAUGGGGAAUCCCUUGCUGGACAUUUCAGCUGUUGUGGACAAAGAUUUCCUUGACAAGUUCGGGCUGAAGCUCAAUGACCAGAUCCUCGCUGAAGACAAACACAAAGCAUUGUUUGAAGAAAUUGUCCAGAGGAGCAAAGUUGAAUAUCACGCCGGUGGUUCGACCCAGAACUCUGUCAAAAUUGCUCAGUGGAUGAUCCAGAAUCCCCAAAAGGUGGCUACUUUCUUCGGGUGCAUCGGCACCGACAACUUCGGGGAGAUCCUGAAGAAGAAAGCCGCGGAGGCCCACGUCGACGCACAUUACUACGAACAAAACGAGGAGCCGACCGGUACCUGUGCAGCCUGUAUCACCGGGGACAAUAGGUCCCUUGUUGCUAACCUGGCAGCGGCAAACUGCUACAAAAAGGAAAAACACCUGGACUUGGACAGCAACUGGGAGCUGGUGAAGAAAGCCAAGGUUUAUUAUAUUGCGGGUUUUUUCCUCACUGUGUCCCCGGAGUCUAUCAUGAAGGUGGCAAAGCACGCUUCAGAAAACAACAAAAUCUUCUGCAUGAACCUCUCUGCACCUUUCAUCAGCCAGUUCUUCAAAGAGCCCUUGAUGAAUGUAAUGCCUUACGUCGACAUCUUGUUUGGCAACGAGACGGAGGCGGCCACAUUCGCCGAAAAGCUCGGCUUUGAGACGGAUGACAUCGCAGAGAUUGCAAAGAAGACCCAGAAUCUGCACAAGGAGAAUCCGAAAAGGCAGCGCGUGGUGGUUUUCACACAGGGCAGUGAGGACACUGUUGCAACUGUUGGUGAGAAGGUGACCAGGUUCCCUGUUUUGGACAUCGACCAAAAUGAUAUCGUGGACACUAACGGAGCCGGAGACGCCUUUGUCGGAGGAUUCCUCUCUGCGCUGGUCCAAGAGCAGGUGUUGGAGGAGAGCAUCCGGGCCGGACACUACGCCGCCAACGUCAUCAUCAGACGGGUCGGAUGCACCUUCCCCGAGAAGCCAGAAUUUCACUGAUGUGUCCGAGCGCUGCACAAAUGUCUGCUCCACGAGAUACUUGUAUAUGUAUGAUUCAGGAUUUGAUGUACAUUUUUCUUUUCUAUUUACAGUGACUCACUGCAUGGGACUAAGUGCUACAGCUUGAAUAUUUUAUCAAGCUCGGGGGAAAAAAAAACAACGCAGAUUUUUGAAUACAAUUCAAAUAGUGUGCUAGUGUCAAGUAUUGGAAUAAAAUGGGUAUGUUUAAAGGAGCAUUUCGCUGAAAAUCUAUUGUUUGAGCAUAAAUCACUGAACGCCCGUUCAAAAUGUCUUUUCACAACACUUUCCCACCAUUGAUCUAUAUGUUCUGCAUGUUUCAAUCUCUUAGGAA